UAGUUUGAUUGAUUUGUGUUGGUGGGAUUGCUUGGUGGUAAUUUUGUGUGUGAGUGAUUUUCAUUUGGGGGUUGAAAUGUUGAAUUUGGGAUUUGUGUUUGAUCUGUGUUGAUUGUUUAUAUUGGUUGGAUUGAAAUGUGAUUAGGUAGAAGUAGAUCAUAUGUUGGUGAUGGUUGGUUUGCUGUACAUUUGUGUGGACAACCAAAAUCGAAACAUAUCUAGUAAAUCUCAUUCGUAAAUCGUAAGUAGGGUCUUGUUAAUGAUGAGAUGUAUGCGGACCUUUACCUUAAUCCUUAACGUGUAAAGAGAUAUGUGGGACUUGCAAGUCGGAGAUUAUUCCAUGCCAGAUGAUGCACUUCUUGAUCUAUCAAAAUGCAUGUGGAAUGGUGGAGGCCCAAAUGAAGAAGUAUUGCCGGGCAUGUUUGAAGAAAACACUCCUUUAAAGGCUUGUGGGGAUCUCCCGUAUGACGCAACUUCAAGUGAAUACAUGAAUAAGGAUCUGGACCUAUUUAGGGAGAACUCUUCACAGAUAAAGAGGCGCCGCAUGUUACAAUUUGAUCCUGAUGUCUUCAAUGCUCCACUUUGCAACGUAGACAUGACAACAUCAUUUUUAGAAUCAGAGGAGAGGAUGGAUUCAUUUGAAGAAGCUUUGCCUGAUGUUUCACAGUGGGUUAACAGCUUUGCAGAUACAUCUGCAUCUGGUUAUGUUCCUCCAGAUCAGUCGUCUGAGGGAUGGUUGACCGACUGCUUAGGGAAUGCUGAUAUGCAACUCAGUCUUGAGGAUAUGAAUCUCGCUGGUUCAUCUGAUCUGCAAAUUGAUAUUACAGAGUUUUGCGACACCCCAGUACAGCAUGAAGCCACUGCCUAUGCUACUCCUCCAGAGUGUUUCACAGAAGCUCGUCCAAAACUCGUUAUCAAAGGUAAGAAGUCAAACGUGCGUCCACCUACUAAGGGAACUUCUUCAGUAGUAUACCCCUUUGCGUUUGUCAAGCCAUGUGGUGUUCACGGAGAUGUAACACUAAGGGAUAUAAACCAGCGGAUCCGCGCUCCGCCCCCAUUGAAAUCAAAGAAAAACUUGCAAGAUCCUUCAGCUGCUUAUCCCACAUCAGCUUUAACCGGGAAGCCUGUAGUUGGUAAAACAAAAAUCCGAACAGAAGGUGGCAAAGGCAGCAUUACGAUCAUGAGAACCAAAGGUUGAUUCAAUAACUUCUCUUUCUACUGUUUUGCUCGACGGAAUUGGAAACAAAAUUUUCAUACAUAUACUUCCUCCUAGUUUAGAGAUUGUUAGGCUGUCCUGUUCUCGGAGUUCAUAAAUCAUCUUAAAAUAGUUACAUUUCAAGAGGUUUACUAGGUGGAAGUAGUUAGCGACUGUUCUUUUCUCGAUACCAUGAUGGCAUCACUAGUUCGUAUUAAAAUCUUCUUAUCUUUAGAAGAACUUAUAAAAGUUCUCUUCAUUUGCAAAGCUUUGUAAGCUUGGAUUGAUUUAAAUUUUAUAGAAACUUGAUAUUGCGGAUUU